AUGUUUCCUUACCGAGCCCAAGUCUUCAACGGCUACAUCGCCUCUCCAGAUGCAUGCCAACCGAUCAACAUCACCGGUCUGGCCCUCCCACAGCGGCGGCAGCAGCAGCAGCAGCAGCAACAAGUUGCUCUAUUCCCUCUCCCUACACAAAUGGGCAUGCCACAGCCCUUCUCCUCUACCUAUGGCAACGAAGCCAUAAAUCCCUUUUCUUACAUUCCCGCUCAACCUCCCUUCGCCAUCCCUCCACAACAACAAAACUUCUUCCCUCUCUCCUUUCCCUCUUCACAGUUCGCUCCUCCUCCCGCUGUAUUCCCACCACCACCACCACCACAACUACAACUGCAACCACAACAACAACAACAACAGCAAGGCUCUUCGGCUCAACGGAGCCACCUCGUCACGCCCGCUAUCACGCCGCCGCAGAACCGCCAACUCACCGCAAGGCCAAACGCAGCGGCGCCCGAAACCAGCAUGAAUCCCGGGAUGCAAAUCCCGGCCAAGACGGUCGUGCUGCCACCGAGAAGAAAGCCCGGCCGUCCCACAAACGCGUCCAAGGGCCUUCUAACGAAGCGCGAGCUUCGUAGUCGUAAAACGCGUAAGCGUAGUAGUGCUUUGGCUUCUGGGGCGGGGACACCAGAGCCUGUGGUUGCGCCUGUGCAACAGGAACCCCCUGUUUUUGAUCGUGCUUCUUCGUCUCGUUUGGGUUCUGCUUCGUUUUCUGGUGUACCUGCUGUUGUGUCUGGUUCUUCUUCUUCUUCUUCGUCUUCUUCGUCUUUACCUGCUGUUUUGCCUUCUUUGCCUGUUUCUUCUUCUUCGUCUUCUUCUUUUCUUCCUACACAACCACAAGUAGACCUCUAUGCAGGCUACGCCCCCGCUGUCGGCUACCGGCCAGCUACUACUGAAAGUAGCAAGCCGUCAAAUUACUUCGGCAUGAGCGACAGCGAGAUUGACGCUGCGGUGGAGGCGCAGAUGGAUGAAACACCGCUGGAACAGCAGCAGCAGCAGCAGCAGGAGGAGGAGGUGGAGCCAGUUCCGCAGAAACAGGUGGCGCGUAAUGAGGAUGACGAUACGGCUGCCAUGGAGGCACUUAUGCGAGAAUUUUUGGAUUGUGACGAGAACGCAGAGACUUCGAGUCCUGCUCUAGAGGAGGUGGAGCCAGUUCCGGAGCAGCAGGUGGCGGGUAAUGAUGACGACGAUAUGGCUGCCAUGAUGGAACUUGUGCUGGAAGCGUUGGAUGGUGAGGAAGCAGCAGAGACUUCGGGUCCUGCUCCAGAGGAGGACGAUGAUAUGGAUUCGUUGUUUGGAGAUGGUUAA